GGCAAAACAGAACUUCAGUUCAGAUACUCUUUUUGCAACUCAUAUAAGCUCUCUUUCCCUUCCCCUUCCCCUAAAACCCGCGCUAACCCCUAGGUCCCCUAUAAGGAUAUAACCACUCCGAAUCUCUCUCUUUUAACAGUAACACGUGUGUCUUCUUCGGCAAAUCUCUUUCCGUUACCUUUUCUUGCAUCUUUAGAUCCAACAAAGCUCACUCCUUUUUUGAUCCCUAAAUAUUUCUCUUCAUCAUUUUUUACUCUUAAUCGAUUCUGUAACUGUUAGGAUCAUCUAUCUUUAAUAAAUCUAGGAUCCUUCCAUGGCUGAACCUACAAUACAAGAGAAAGAUAACAAUUUUUGGAAGGGUUUUUUUGCUGUGGCUGGAAUCAUGACUACUCUUGUUAUAUAUGGUGUUUUACAGGAAAAGAUCAUGAGAGUACCAUAUGGAGAAAACAAAGAGUUUUUUAGAUAUUCAUUGUUUUUAGUCUUUUGCAAUCGGAUUACAACAUCUGCUGUAUCUGCAGGCUCUUUACUGGCAAGUAAGAAAGCAUUGGACCCUGUUGCACCGAUUUACAAGUACUGUCUCAUAUCAGUUUCUAACAUACUUACUACAACAUGCCAGUAUGAGGCACUCAAAUACGUUAGUUUCCCAGUUCAGACACUUGCGAAAUGUGCCAAGAUGAUACCAGUUAUGGUAUGGGGCACAAUGAUCAUGCAGAAGAAAUAUAAGGGCCAAGACUACUUGUUCGCUGUGCUAGUGACACUAGGGUGUUCGUUAUUUAUAUUAUAUCCGGCCGCUGCAGACAUUAGUCCAUAUGCUAGUGGCAGGGAAAGCACAGUUUGGGGUGUUUCCCUGAUGAUGGGUUAUCUUGGGUUUGAUGGAUUCACAAGCACAUUUCAGGACAAGCUAUUUAAAGGAUACGAUAUGGAAAUACAUAAUCAGAUAUUCUACACGACAUUGUGUUCUUGUAUUCUCAGUUUAUCUGGUCUUAUAUUACAGGGGAAUCUUCUCCUGGCAGUAGAUUUUGUCGCUCGACAUAAUGAUUGCUUUUUCGAUAUUGCAUUGCUUUCUACUGUAGCAACUGCUAGUCAGUUUUUCAUUUCUUACACGAUCAAAACAUUCGGGGCACUUACUUUUGCUACCAUAAUGACCACAAGACAGUUGGUGAGCAUAAUGUUGUCGUGCAUGUGGUUUGCACACCCAUUAAGCCCAAUACAGUGGGUUGGAGCGGUUGUCGUCUUUGGUUCUCUUUAUACGAAAAGCUUUAUGAGAACUGUAUCUCAAAAGCUAGCAUUACCCGAACAUGUGCAAGGUGGUGUGGUAACAAGUCCAUUGAAAGGGAACCCUUGAGUACUAUGAAGAACUUUUCUUGUUGUUUGUGGAAUAGGGACGUCAUUAGACACAUUAUCCUCACAAUCGAGGAAUUACGACCUUCUAUUAAGCUCUUAUGUUGUUUGAAAUUUUUGUUCAUUCACUCAAACAAAAGAGGUAGAAGGGCUUUACUUAAUCCAGAAGGUUAGUUCUAUAGUGGCUGAAUUAGAUACACUAGUUAAAGGAGAAGAAAAGGGAAAGAAGAAGUUGCACACAGGUAUUUUUUUCCUACAUAUAUGGUCAAGUCUAGCUUAAAAGAAGUCAGUCAUGUAACACAAUGAGAUCUAAUAUUUGAUCAACGAGAUUGACUUUAAACCAAAGGAAUUCUCUUUUUUUCUUCUAUUUUAACUCUCUGGCGAUGAUUUUGUUAGGUGUUUGGUUGAGUUGUCGGAUACUGUAAUUUAGUCACGGACUGUAUUUUAUAAUCUCAAUAGAAGCUAUAGAUGAUUGUUGGUUCCA